GGGAAUUAUUAUAAAAAAAAAACAUAUAAAAAAAACCAAAAGGAAAGAGCAAGUUUCGUUGGUAGGAGAAUUUGUUUUUUUGUUCAACCCAAAGCCUCGCCUCAUAGCUAGCUCCAGCCUUCGGCCUUUCAAAGAAUAACCGGAAAAAAAAAAAUGACCAGCAAAACAGCAGAUAUUAACCGAAAAAGCCCCAAACUCCUUCAAAAUUACAUUCUAGCCCUCUUCCUCAUCACCACAAUCCACUCCUCAAAAUCUCAGUCCAAUAUCUCGGCCUCCCGCCCGACCCCGCCCCCACUCCCGAUACUACCAAUCCCAACCUCACACCAGCUCUCAUGGCAGCUCGCGGAGAUGGCCCUUUUUUUUCACUUCGGCCCCAACACUUUCACUAAUUCAGAAUGGGGCACGGGCCACGCGGACCCUUCGGUUUUCGACCCGGACGCCGUCAACGCCACGCAGUGGGUAAAUGUGGCCAAGGACGCAGGUUUUUCCAGAGUCAUCUUGACUACGAAGCACCAUGACGGGUUUUGCUUGUGGCCUUCGCAGUACACAGAUUAUUCGGUGAGGUCGAGCCCGUGGAGGAAUGGGACCGGCGAUGUUGUCAAGGAAUUGGCUGAAGCUGCGAGAGCUAAUGGCGUUCAAUUGGGCCUCUAUCUCUCUCCCUGGGACAGGCAUGAGUCCUGCUACGGGAAGACGCUUGAGUACAACGAGUAUUAUUUGGGCCAGAUGACCGAAUUGCUUACCAGAUAUGGUGAAGUCAAAGAGGUUUGGCUAGAUGGUGCAAAAGGGGAAGGAGAGAAGUACAUGGAGUACUUCUUCGAUGAUUGGUUUAAUGUAAUUCAUCAACUUCAAGCAGGGGCCGUCAUAUUUUCGGAUGCAGGGCCAGAUGUGAGGUGGGUUGGGGAUGAGGCUGGAUUUUCUGGGACAACUUGCUGGUCUCUCUUCAAUCAGAGUAAUGCCAAAAUUGGCGGCACAGAUCCUGCGUAAGUCCAUCAUUAUUUUUUUUUUCAUAAGUUUACUGCACAUUUUCGGAAAUGCAAAUCUAUAGGUGAAUGGGCACGUUUUUACAGCUUGAAGCUGCAUAUUGUAUAAAUGAAAAACUUUUCAUAUAUGAUGCCUCCUCUCAAGUCCCAAUGAAUUAUAUUUAUAUUUAGCCGUUGUAAAUUCAAGCUAGCUUUUUUUUUUUUUUU